AUGGCAUCCACCACAUCCCCUCACGACGCGCCUUCGCAAAACGAGCAGCAGGAUCUUGACCCACAAUCGUUUCUGAUCGCCGUCCGGGAGCUGAGUGAAAAGAAGGAGCGCGAGGACGAGGAGCGCUAUCGAAAGCUGGAGGAAGAGGUCAUAAAGGGACGGGAAGAGCGAGCAGCGCGGCGAGCAGAACGUGCCCGCUCCAUCUCGCCUGAGAAAGCCAACACUUCGACCCCGAGCAACCGCACCACGCGAACGCUGUCGCGAGCGACCACCAAUGCCAGCCUAGCCAGUCCGCCGCCCUUAGCAAUGACGCCGCCCUCAUCCGUCGGCUCGCGCGACGCCGUGGUGCAUAGCGAGAGCCUGCACCGAUUGACCAGCUCAAGUCAGUCGAGUGUCGAUCCCGAGAAGAUGAAUCCCAAGGUGGAAGAUGUGCCCGAUUUUAAAGGCUUCGGCGCAAUCAAAAGAUCCAGCACAAUGAGCGCCUCAAGUGCAUCCUCGGCGACAUCAACAACAACACCGGCCGCACAUCGCAGCUCUGUGCCCGACCCCACCCCGAGUGCCACAAAUCUAGCACGCUCUGGGACACUCUCGUGGCAACAGCGCAGACCGAUUUCGAGAAUUGGCGGGUCCAGCAGCCGGCCUCUGUCUGUCGUCGCUACCCACAACAAUGCCACGCCUUCGAGACCGGAUUCCGUCGAGGAGCCAGAGCCAAGCCGGGAGCAAAUUGCGGCAUCUCUGGGCGCCCGAGACCCAUCGUGGUUCAAACAGACGGCUGAGCGUGGCGUUGGGUCUGCGGCGUACAGGAAGAGCAAAGACGAGGCAGGCAUGCAGGAGACGGCUCCGUCUGAACGAAAAGGACUGCCGGGUCUUUCACAAGAGGACUCUGUUGCAACCGGUCCCCACGUCAGCCCGACAAUGUCUGAGAGCAUCAAGUCUGAGUCGGUAUCGCGAAACUCGCAGCGCGAGAGCGCCUAUUCUGCGGGCAGCCGCUAUUCUGCCACUUCCUCAUCAAGCAGCGUCAAGCCGGAUCUCAGAUCACUCAUUGCGGCAGACGAGGGUCAACGGCGUGUGUCUCCGACCUUUAUCUCGGACCAAGAAUCUACGGCCAGUGCGGAGACUGCAAGCCUCGCGAGAAGCAUUACAAUGUCUAGCUCUCAAGCUCGAUUGACAAACGGUAGCGAGCGUCCCGUGUCUCCAACCAAGGGCAUGGGAGGCUUUGUCCAGAGUGCUAUGAUGAAGCGCUCCGACAGCCAGAAUAAACGAUGGAGCGCGCAGCCCAGCUCAAAUGUGAGCAGACACAAUUCGGUUGCGAGCACCCGCAGUGGUCACGCUGGGCUACAGAACUCGCAUAGCAUGCCGAGACUGGAGGCCGCAGAGCCAAACACAACAUUGGGCGAAGAUACGACCUCCCGUCCUUCUAGCUCCAGCAACCGAGACAGCCCAGGGUCGACCGCCCAGGAAAGCGACGUUUUCGUGAAACCGGCGCUACCUCGCCACAGCCGCAGCAAGUCUGUCGCUUCUACCUACAGCACAAAUGAUGAUUUGCCACAAUCACCAGGCAGUCCUUCUAAACGCUUCAGCCCAAAUAAGUCCAGCUGGCUUGAGAGCUCGCUAACAAAACCGGAAUCUCCCAAGCCAGCUCCAUCCAAGAACUCUGCCCCAUCAUGGAUGGCAGACCUCGCUAGCCGCAAAGCUCAGCGGGCGAGCGUAGACUUGACGCCUUCCGGUGGUGCAUCUACGUACGGCGAGAAAGAGGAAGUUCCAGCGAGACCAGUAUCAAGACCCGGCUCGCCGCUCAAAAACUCCCCUUUCGGACCAAGUUUGAUCAAGCGGCCAGAGUCGAAAACUCUUACUGGCACGGUAGGACCUGUCACCCCAACCGGCAAUGUGAAAGUUGGUCGGCUUGCCGACAAGGACAGCGGAAUGCCACUCGCAUCCUCCCUCUCGCCCGUGAAGCGUACUCCUGAAACGAUGCAAAAGUCCAGCAACACAUCCGACGCUGACGUGCCUAGCAACGAUCAAGGGCCUCCGUCGGUCGAGUCAAAUGCUACGCCUGUCGCAUUGGAAUCUGUGCCGCAAGCCUUUGGUGAACCACAAGGGCCUCGAGAUCAAGCUCGCUCUUCCACGCCGCAACAAUCCCCUGCAGUGGGCAUGGCAUCGACGCCAGAGAUCGAAACGACACGGCCACCCGCGAAGUCAUUCAAAUCUCCACCACCGCCAACAAGCGCUCCGCUCAUGUCAAACUCCACCACUCCAAAGGUUCCAAACGACUUUCGCAGCCAACUUAAGUCCCGCCCUCCGCCUGAAAUGAAGACCAGCGGCCAGCCCGAGUUCCUGUCCAAGUUUGGCAAUCUUCGCAAGACGCAGCCAGAAAAAUUUGUGGCGCCCGAUGUUCUUAAAGGUAACAUCUUGCGCGGCAAGUCUGGGCUCGCUGCCUCUGCAGGCCCUGUCAAGACUGAGCGCAAGGAUGAAUUGAGGGAGAGCCUGUUGGCAAAGAAAGAAGACAUUAAGAAGGCAAAAGACACAGGUCGAGAUCUGCCCGGUCAAAUGCAUGAGCGUAAGACCAGCCAAGUUGCUCAAGAGCCUCCGCCCAAACCCGAAGCUCUGUCGAGGAGGGAGCUAUUGGGACGUUCUGAUAGCGGCCGGAAUGCGCAUCAAAUGGAGAAGACCAGAGAAGCCACGCCGGAGGCCCUCUCGAGGCAUAAGAGCUUGAAACACAAGUCGGCGACCAUGCCUGCGCCGGACAACGGCUCUCCAAUCGACACGGCAAUGAAUACACUCAGCAAACAGGUGAGCGCACCGAGCAGUGCCGCUUCAAAACAGACUGAACAGACCUCCAAGUUGGCAGCUCGUUUCAAUCCCGGACUUGCUGGUCUGCUCGCUCGUGGCCCGCCUUCAACUACGCCCUCCAGAACUGCAUCUCCCGUGACAGAACCUACAUCAAACGGCGCUGUCGAGCCGAGUCCUUCAACCGAGCCGYUUCAAGAUAUGCGGAAAGAUCGCGCCAAGGGCCCACGACGUAAGGGCGGGACGAAGGCGUCCUCAAGCAAGGGAGAUGCAAUCUCGACGCUCGUUGCGGCAGAUCAGCCAGUCAAAACAAUAGAAGAUCAGCCCGUGGUGCAGUCAUCUAAGCCCAUAAGCGCACCCGCACCCAUCGACCCGGCUGUGACCAAAUCACCGCCUAGCCCAAACUUCUCGCGACCCAAGCCGCCGGCAGCAAUGUYAAACAAACCAAGCGUCAGCGGCGGCUCAUUUGAGGCCAAGUCUUUCGAUAUCUCUCGGAGCUCAACACCGCAAUUCGAGGGGCCACCCGAUAGUCCGGUACCAGUUGCGAAGGCAAAGCCGCAGGCUCUUCCCGGUUCUGCUGCUUCCGUGCUAGCAGCUUCAUUGAAGAAGUCAGAUGGAGAUCUAAAGCCAGCCAACUCGACUACCGAGUCGAAUAAAGUUAUCGCCCCAGCGAAAAGCCCUUCGCUGGAUACCAAGCCAAGCGGUCCCCUUGACAAGGCAUCGACAGACCCAAUUGCUGUGCCGGAGUUCAAGGGCUUUGGAUCGAUGAAGAAGCAAAGGGCAUCGCAGCCAGCGGAUGCUGAUAAGGAAAACACAGACGACACCGUAACACCGGUCAAAGCGACGACUUCAUUUUGGGGACGCCGAAUGUCACCCGAGAAGGAUGGCCCGUCUUCAUCCGUUCAGCUACAAACUAAAAAGGAUGAAGACGCCGCGAUGCGAUCAGCUGGACUACUAGCAUCGAAGACUGGCCUCGGAGUCUCCCCUGAUCGGACUGGCGAUCGAUCGGCAACGCCACCUACCUCUGCAGACCUGCCUCCCAAACCUGCGAAGUCGUCCCGGAUCGUGAGUGGGCAGCUUGCAGAGGCUUCUCCCAAUAAAGGUUCCACGAGCUCGGGUUCCUCUGAACGACUAGUCACCGAGGCAGGACGUCUGCUCUUGGACGCCUUCGGAGCCGUACCUAAAUCYCGCACACCGUUGACUAUCACCGCAUCGGCUGUUAUAUCGAGUUGCGACCAGGCCCACGACACAGAGGAAAUGAAGUCAUCGCGGAAAUCGGUGUCGGUCGUGUACCCCGAUGGCUCCUUGCUUACGCUUCCACCGCAAGAAGAGUAUACGCUGUUUGAUGAGUCUGUCUACGUCUGUACCAAUGCCUUUACAAACUCAAAGGGCGUCAAAUCCUCGCAAGUUUUCAUUUGGAUUGGCGAUGCCGCGUUCGGGGCGACUGCCGAUGCAGCAAAUGUGCACGCAAAACGCUUUGCCCGAGAUUGUGGGACCACCACCGUGACCACCAUUCGGCAAGGCCGGGAGUCUGCAUCAUUCUUACAAGCCUUCGGUGGCAUCCUCAUCACACGGCGGCAGUCAAGGGAAACAGCAACCAAGCAGUAUAUGCUCUGCGGGCGUAAGCAUUUGGGACACAUUGUUUUCGAUGAGGUGGACUUUGGCGUGGAGUCUUUACGUGCCGGCUACGUCUAUUUGAUCUCCUUUCCAUACACACUUCAAGAGACAAAGCUGUACCUCUGGAAGGGGUCCGGUUCUUCAGUCGAGGAGAUCAGUGCUGCUCGUCUCGCCGCCAUGGACUUGUCGGAGACUGGCGACAUCAUCGAGGUGACUGGCGGCGCCGAAUUCUCAAGUUUCCUCAAAACCUUCGGCCCAAACACAACCAAAUCAGACAUCCCGAUGGCUUCGGAGCUUUGGGAGCAGAAGGCUUUGGCGCCAGACAAAUUCACGGUGCGACUGUUUAAGAUACAGCAGCCUGAGAUCAAGAACAAUUUAAUCACAUCUUUGUGGAUGCGGCGACCAUCCUGGAAUCGUCUCUCUCCCGCACGUGCGCCUGCGGUCUCAAUGGAAGACAUCAAAGUCGAGGCAAAACACAUCACACCAUUCACGCAGUUGCAGAUGGAAGCCGAGGGUAUCUACCUCCUUGAUGCCUACUGCCACCUGUACAUCAUCAUUGGAUCGCUUUUCCCUUCACAGCCUGACAAUGUCCGGGUCACUCUUCUCGCGCAGGCGCUUCUUUUUGCUUCAGAUUAUGCAACAUUAUCAGCUUCGAUGGAGAACAGACUCGCAAUACCGAAGUGCUCGGUGUUGUUCUCUGGUCUUCCCGAUGAUGUCAAGGUUUUGUUCAGACAUUGGGACGAUAGCAGAGGAUUAUGGGGAACUGCCGGGCUCAUGGCCGGUUCUACCGUCAGUCAGGGACGAGAACUGAGGAUGAUGCCGUUGGAGGAUGUUUUGACCGAGGUGUGUAGAGACUAG